AAAGUGAACCCACCAAGUGAAUAUAAUUGUCGUAGAACAAAAUGACGAGUGAAAUUUUAAGUUUUUAUAAGGACAAAACUGUUUUAAUAACCGGAGGCACAGGAUUGCUGGGCAAAGUGACCAUUGAAAAGCUAUUGCGGUCGACGGAUGUGAAACGUAUAUAUUUCCUGGUGAGACCCAAGCGGGGUGAGAAAGUGGAAGGACGGUUUAAGGCGUGGAAAAGUGAUCAGGUCUUUGAAGUUCUCCUCAAGAAGAAGCCGCACGCACUGGAGCAUGUGACUCCGAUUUCGGGAGACUGCAGUUCGUCGGACCUGUCCAUCAGCGAGGCGGAUCGAAGGACACUGACCGCAGAGGUGCAGGUGGUUCUGCAUGGAGCCGCUUCGGUUAGAUUCUUGGAGCCACUGCAGCAGGCGUUGAACAUCAACACUAGGGCGGUGCGCCUGAUGGUUCAGUUGGCCAAGGAAAUGCGGCGCCUCGAGGCUUUCGUCCACAUCUCGACGGCAUUCUCGAACUGUGUGGUGUAUGAAAUCCACGAGCGUUUCUACCCCGAGCACCUCACUUGUCCCGUUGACAAGGUUCUCGACCUGAACGAUUCUCUCAGCGGCGAGGUGAUAGAGAAGAUGGCACCAGCCUUGCUCGGAAAUUACCCAAACACAUAUACCUACACGAAGGCUCUGGGUGAACAGGUGAUUCAGGAGGAGGCGAAGGACCUGCCAGUCGGCAUUUACCGACCGGCCAUCGUUUUAUCCACCUAUAACGAGCCCGUGCGGGGUUGGAUUGAUAGCCUGCAAGGAAUGAUGGGGCUGAUUUAUGGCACUGCUUACGGAAUGGUUCACUUAAUGCUUGUAAAUCGUAAAGUCCAUUGCAACUUAGUUCCAGCCGACUAUUGCGUCAACGUGGCCAUCGCCACAGCUGUCCAGAUAGCCAAGCUCUCUAAGCUGAAUAAAAAUAGUCCACCGCCUAUUUACGCUUUUUCACCUUGCCAAUCCAAUAGAGUGACCUAUGGGUUUGCACAGGAUCAGUGCUACCAAAUUGGCCUUACAGAGCCGAAUAAGAAGAUGAUUUGGUACCCAUUCAACCGUAACACCACCUGUCCGUGGGUCUACAAUAUCGGAGCCAUGUUCUACCACACGCUGCCGGGAUUUCUGAUGGAUCUCUUCUUGCGGCUAAAGGGUCAAAAGCCGAUAAUGGCAAAGGCCUACCGCAAGAUCGACGAUGGCGGCAGAAUGUUAGCACCCUUUACCAAGAAAGACUUUAUAAUGCACACAAAAAAUACCGACCAGCUGUGGCAGUCGAUGUCGCCGGAGGAUAAGAAAAUAUUCAACUUUGAUAUGACGACCGUUGACUGGAAAGAUUUUUUCACGGGCGUCAUGGACGGAAUUCGAUUGUAUUUCUUCAAGGACGCCCCGACACCAGAAUCCAUUGCCGAGGGCAAGAAGAUUUUAUUCAAGUUUUACGUAUUGGAUCGACUGCUUACAUCAGUUAUUGUUCUUAUAGCUGGUGCCUUUAUAUGGUUCCUAUUAAAACUAGCAUUUAAUUAAGGGCCUUACUAUGAGUUACUAUGCUGGAAUUCAGCUUAGAGUUCGAUUUAAUAAAAAGGUAAAAGGCGAAAAAAAAA